AUGUGGACCACAUUGGUAGCUAACAAGAUCCUGAGGAAGGGGUUGGGAAGCAAUAACUUCGCCGCCGAUUACCCCACCAACGUCGAAGAGUCUCUCCUCGACUUCUCCAUAUUGGAAGAGCCCUCCUUGAGCGGCCAGAGCAUUUUGAAUCACCACAGGGACACCCUCAAGUACAAAGUUUUUGUUAGUACUUGGAAUGUUGGCGGGGUUGCACUGGACGAAGAUAUGGCGAUGGAGGACUUCUUAGAUACGUGCAACGACUCCUACGAUAUCUACGUUUUAGGGUUUCAAGAGAUUGUGCCGUUGAAGCCAUCCAAUGUUCUGGGGUCCGAGAACGCGAACGUUUGCAUGAAAUGGAAUUCGCUCAUCAGAGAGACCUUGAACGGAAACCGUGAUUGCCACCAUGGAUCUGACUAUGAGAGGAAGAGGAUGCAUGGGCGAGAGUUUCGUUGUGUUAUCAGCAAGCAGAUGGUUGGGUUAUUUAUCUCGGUGUGGGUUUGCAGCGAUCUUCGUCCCUACAUUAGCCAUCCUAGUGUUUCAUGCGUCGGUUGCGGCGUUAUGGGCUGCCUAGGCAACAAGGGGUCGGUUUCAGUGAGGUUUCAGUUGCACGAGACAAGCUUCUGCUUUGUGUGCACUCAUCUCGCCUCCGGGGGCAGAGUAGGAGACGAUAAGUGUCGGACGUCCAAUGUGGCAGAGAUUUUAUCUCGGACAACAUUUCCUAGGGGCCCAUUGCUUAAUUUACCUAGAAAAAUUCUGGACCACGAUCGGGUUAUUCUGCUCGGGGACUUGAAUUAUCGGAUUUCCUUGCCAGAAGCGACCACUCGAGAACUGGUGGAUAGAAAAGAAUGGAAUGCAUUGCUAGACAAAGACCAGCUGAGGAUGAAGCUGAUGAAGGGGCAUGUAUUACAAGGUUGGCACGAAGGGACGAUCAAAUUCGCCCCCACAUACAAAUAUAUACCGAACUCCGACUUGUAUUACGGAUGCUUUCAAGAAAAAAAGGGAGAAAAAAGGCGUUCCCCGGCAUGGUGUGAUAGGAUAAUUUGGUGCGGGAAAGGAUUGAAGCAACAUCUGUACACGCGGGGCGAAUCGAGGCUGUCUGAUCAUAGGCCGGUGAAGGCGAUAUUCACCGUGGAGGUCGGGGUUUCGCGGACAUUGAGAGGCCUUCGGAGCUUAUUUCUAUCUGAACGAUUCGAUCAGCUUGCGACCCAAUUCGAGGUCUCAUCCAAGGACAACGGAUUGCUAUGUAAAGGCCGGUCCAGCUUCCAAAUUUGA